GAUUACUCCCUGCCGUUGUAUGUUUAGAGUGAGUAUACGGAGGAUUCAUUUUAUAUUUUAGGCUAAAAAUUUGUUAGAUUUGAUUGGGAUCGUGCAAUUAGGUUGUAAACGAACAGUUUGUUCAUUUUAUUUUCUAUCAGAAAGAGAGGGAGUAAGUGUUUGAUAUGUUGAAUCAAGUAGAUAUGAGGAGGACCUGCUUAUGUGUUGGAGAGGAUAAUAGCAGCUCAAGGGGCUAAGGCACUGCUCUUAUGCAGCUGGAUAGGCAGAGGAAGUCAUCUGAUGCUGCCAUGACAGGUGAGGCACCUGGCCCAUCUGGUCACUGGAUCCAGCAAGGAGCAGCUUCUUUAGUACCAAAUACAGGAAAAAUCAUGAAUAAUAAUGUCUCCGUACAAACAGGAGAGGAAUUCUCCAUGGAGUUUCUUCAGGACCGUGUUGCAGCAAGAGGGAUUCAACCUGCACCCAUCAUAGGUCAGAAUAAUGAACUGAGAAUUGGACAAAACUAUAAUCAGAAUCACCCGCAGGGGUGUGGGGAUCUUGCUCGAAUUCUUGGGUUCAGCAGAGAGGAUUCCGAGUGUGCUUCAGAUGUUUCUGGUUUGUCUGCAAAAGGGCCUGCAAAAGAGAUAGAAAAUGGGGUUUACAGCGAUAAAUUAAAUAAAUACCAUAAGGAAGAUGGCAAUAAUGGACAUGGAGCGAGAAGAGCUUUUGGUGAAUUAAAUGGUAAUCAAGUGGCUGGUGUGGGACCAAUUUCUCCACCCACUUUUGUCUUAGAGUCUUCUCGUGGCAACAACUUUAAUGGGCCAGGAGUUCCGGAUGAAUCUCCAGCUGGGAAGAUGAAAUUUCUCUGCAGCUUUGGUGGAAAAAUAUUGCCUAGGCCCAGUGAUAGCAAACUCAGAUAUGUGGGAGGAGAGACAAAGAUUAUUUCCCUUAGGACAAAUCUUUCUUGGGAAGAACUUGUGAAAAAAACUUUGGGUAUUUGCAACCAACCCCACUCAAUCAAGUACCAGCUCCCAGGUGAGGAUCUUGAUGCCCUUAUAUCCGUUUCUUCAGAUGAGGACCUUCAGAAUAUGAUAGAGGAAUAUCGUGGGAUUGAAAGGCUUGAGGGUUCUCAAAGACUUCGGUUAUUUUUGAUUCCCUUGAGUGAAUCUGAAAAACUAUCUUCCCUCGAAGCAAGUACUAUUCUGCACAACAGUUCUGACUACCAAUAUGUUGUUGCUGUGAAUGGCAUACUGGAACCCAGUACUAGGAAAAACUCUGGUGGGCAGAGUUUAGCAAAUGAGACAAGUCAACUGGGAACUGAUUUGAAUCGCAAUCCAAGCUUCCACAAACAUUCUCCAGCUGCCCCAUUACCUUUGGAAAUUAAUGGUGGUUUUGGUGACUCAUAUCUGACUCAAUUCAUUAAUGAACCCCAACCUCCCAAUCAGUCAUCUCCCAUCUAUCUAGUUCCUCUGCAGAGUGGAGAUUCCAAGAGUGUUCCUAUGCAAUUGCAAGGCAAUAACUCCAGCGUUGAUAGCAGUAGUUCCUUCAUUACCGCCCAAUUACAACCUGAGGACACAAGCACCGACACUGGUAGUGGUAGAUAUCCUUCCUUUGAGCCAGCAACUUUGGUAAGCUAUCAUCAUGCCUACAAACAGAUGGAUGCCAACCAGCCAGACCAAAUCCAAGGAGUACAACUUCCCAACCACAAUUCCAAAAAAGGAUUUGCAAAUCCUUCAACUUUGGAUCCAAACGACAAUGAUCUCAAUGGUUUCUCUUAUGAGAAGCCUAUGCCUAAGGAAAGAACAUUCCACUCAGAAAAGCCUGUCUCACGCCCAGGUAAUCCUAUUGGCUUGUUGUCAGGAUCUAUUGACUUUACUGAUCCUCAUCAAGGCAUGUCACAUGCAUAUUCUGAUUCAAAGCUGAAUGCGUAUGGAGGGGGCUCUGCGUACUGUUCACUAGAAGGAAUGAGCCCAUUAUCCCCCUUGAACUUUGCAAAAAUACAAUUGCCUUCACUGCCAGUUUCCAAUGUCUUGCAAGAAAAACCAAUGCAACGGUACGAGAGCACUGAUCUUUUGCAUCCAAAAGUACAGAAUAAUUUACUGGAUAUUGGGUCUACUGGAUCACAGAUAGAUGUGCUGCCGUGUUUCCCUCUAGAAUCAGCCUGCAGGAAGAAACCUAUUUCUAAGCUUACCAAUGACACCAGAGACAAGCGGCAAACAACUAAUGAUGCCAUGAACAAUGAUUUCACGAAAUCAAACCAUUUUGAUGAAAAUUCUUCAACUCUGGAAACAAGGAAGAUGGUAGAUGAAAGAGAUCUAUUUUUGCAUCAAGGUGGAAACUUUUUCAAGGGAAGACCACCUGCUAACAGUUUGGAGCACAUGAACAAUUUUCCUAAUGACGAUUGCCACCAAACUAAUGCAUCUGGUGUUGAUACAUUUUCAUGGGAAAUGCAAUUGUCUGGGGGUAUGCAUCCUACAUCCUCGGCUAUUGGUCCCAAACCCUUUGUAAACAUUGUGAGGGAGCACCCCACAAACUUUGAACUUGACAAGCCUCUAUCUGAUCACAUUGUUGUGGACCAAACUGCAAAAGAUCAGCAUUGUGAUUUGACUGGUGCAAUGAUAGGACAAGGAAGCAAUGCUCCAUGUACUGAAAACUCUGAAGUUGCAGGCUUAUUUCCGAAAAUCAGACUGGCCUCUUCUGAUGGAGGUCCUCUGGCUGAUCCUGUUCCUGAAUUAUCCAGUGGUCUAGUUUUCUGUGAACAAAGACAGCUGCAACCUGCGGUAUUUCAAAAUAGUACUGGUCCUGGAGAACCUGAUCUAAAAGUUUCUGCAGAUUUAUCCCCGUCUCCAGUUCACUAUGAUGCUGGUCCAAGCUCACACUUGCAUAACAGUGACCUCCACACGGUGUUGCAGAAGCCAACCAUAGAUGUUUCUUUGAAGAGAGAGGUUUCCCCCAUUGACGGAGAUUUUAUAUACUACCCAGACCAGAAGGUUGAGAAGUUGGGAUUUGAAGAAUAUGUUUCUAAGAAGUCAAAUGUAGCAGAUGUUGCAUUGAUCCAAACAAACCCGGCAAUUGACAAUGAAGAUCGAAAGCGGCUGGAGUCAGUGGUUCUUGUGGAAGAUGUGACCGAUAGUGUGCUCUCUUCUUUUCAAUCUUUACCUGCAGUUGACCCUCAUGUUGCAGAUGCAACUGGCAGUGGUAUUGUAUCCCCUAAUGCAACAGAGUCAGAUAGUCCCAUUCCAGGAUCUGAGUCUGAGGAUUCUAAAGCUGAUUAUCGAGACAAGAAUGAAUCUCUUACUGAUGCAAUGAUAGCUGAAAUGGAAGCCAGCAUUUACGGCUUGCAGAUUAUAAGGAAUGUUGAUCUUGAAGAGCUACGAGAGCUUGGAUCUGGUACUUAUGGAACUGUCUAUCAUGGAAAAUGGCGGGGAACAGAUGUUGCUAUAAAGAGAAUUAAAAAGAACUGCUUUGCUGGGAGAUCAUCAGAGCAAGAACGGCUGACCAAAGACUUCUGGAGAGAGGCACAGAUCUUGUCAAAUCUUCAUCAUCCUAAUGUCGUUGCAUUUUAUGGGGUAGUACCAGAUGGAACUGGAGGAACCUUGGCCACCGUAACUGAAUUUAUGGUCAAUGGAUCGCUUAGGCAUGUCCUGCUUAAGAAGGAUAGAUCACUUGAUCGUCGUAAAAAGCUUAUUGUUGCCAUGGAUGCAGCUUUUGGCAUGGAAUACUUGCAUUCAAAAAACAUCGUCCAUUUUGAUCUGAAAUGUGACAAUUUGUUGGUAAAUUUGAGGGAUCCACAACGACCCAUAUGCAAGGUUGGAGAUUUUGGAUUAUCAAGAAUCAAAAGGAAUACUUUGGUAUCAGGUGGUGUACGAGGAACGCUCCCAUGGAUGGCACCUGAACUAUUAAAUGGUAGCAGUAGCCGGGUUUCUGAGAAGGUUGAUGUUUUCUCAUUUGGCAUUUCGAUGUGGGAAAUCUUGACUGGUGAGGAACCUUAUGCAGAUAUGCAUUGUGGUGCUAUUAUUGGUGGGAUUUUGAAGAAUACACUUCGACCAACUAUACCUGAACGCUGUGACCCUGAAUGGAGGAAGCUGAUGGAAGAUUGUUGGUCACCAGAUCCUGAAGCGAGACCAUCAUUUACUGAGAUAACAAACAGGUUGCGAUCUAUGUCAAUGGCACUUCAGGCAAAGGGACAGAAUAGCCAAUCAAGACAGACGAAGCCUAAUGUUUCCUAAUGAAAGAUGUACAUGAACCUGAACCUGCUUCAAACUUCAGGUACAGGGACUCUUUUUGUAUCAUCAAUAGAAAGCCCUUACGAUUGGGGAUCACAGCUUCUGAGGGUGAGCAUGAUAAGAGCUUUUGGCGUACUGUUUCUUUUUCUUCCUACUUCUGUUAAUAGAAAUAUCUUUAUUUUUUA